AUGGCCUCGCCGUCGCCGGCUUUCGACGACGGCUUUCUCCCUCGCUCUGACCGAGGGCUGCCGAUCAUGCUCCGGCGGAUGACAAAGUUCAAGACGAUGGACUUUGAACUCGCGUUUUGGCAGCUAACGUAUCUCGUUGUCGCGCCGCGAAGGGUAUACAAGCAAACAUAUCACCAUAAGCAAACGAAAAACGUCUGGGCACGAGACGACCCGGCAAUGCUGAUCUUGAUCGCGGCGUGCUGCAUCGCGACCGCAUCCGUUUGGGGAUUUAUGUACGGGUACGGCACAGCAGGGACAGUCUGGUUAAUUCUCAAGAUGGUCUUUCGUGACUUCAUCCUUGUCUCCCUUGCCGUCGCACUCGUGUUUUGGCUCAUUGCAAAUCGACUCAUGGUCAUGACGUCCGCGCACUCGGGCAUCACGGACAACAGAGUGGAGUUCACGUACGCGUGGGACGUGGCCGUGAACAGCUUCUUCCCCGCCUUCCUGACGCUCUACGUCGGGCUCCUGCCGCUCGCCGCCCUUGUUGUCAAGAACAACUGGGUCUGCCUGCUCCUCGGUAACACGCUAUUCCUCAUCGCCGGAUUCCAGUACAUUUACAUCACAUAUCUCGGGUAUGCGGCGCUCCCCUUCGUGGCUCGCAGCGAGCUGUUUCUAGCCCCCCUUCUUCCCCUGCUCGGGGGGUACCUCCUCAGCCUUCUGGGAUUCAACAUUGUGCGCACUGCACUCGAGUUGUACUUUGGGGAGCCGUGGCACAACUAG